AUGGGUAAGGUCCACGGUUCCCUCGCUCGUGCCGGUAAGGUCAAGUCGCAGACUCCUAAGCUUGAGAAGCAGGAGAAGCCGAAGCAGCCCAAGGGCCGCGCCAAGAAGCGUCUCCUAUACAACCGCCGCUUCGUCAACGUCGUCCUCGGACCCGGUGGCAAGCGCCGCAUGAACGCCCAGGGUGACGGCAAGAACUAA